UUCUAUUUCAGACACAUUCCUUGAUAAGGUCAAACUUACGAGAUGGUAACUUCAAGCUGAUGAAUGUGUUGGAAUUGAACGGGACCCCACUGGAAACAUUUCCCGAAGCUAUCACCAAACUGUUCCUCUUGAGGUAUUUGAGCUUGAGAAAUACAAGAAUCUCCAGUCUUCCUGCAUCAAUUGGGAAUCUGCAUCAUCUGGAGACAUUGGAUCUCAAGCUGACACGCGUCACUGAGCUACCUUCGGAGAUAUAUAAGCUCUACAAACUCCACCAUCUUUUGAUAUCUCAAUACAAGGAUCACGAAACAGGGUCUCGUAUCCCUCUAGAAACAGCAAGUUGUGGCAUAAAGUGGAAAAACUACCACAACAACUUAACCCAUGUCACGAAAUUGGACAUAUUUCGUGUACAAGGUUUCAUAGCAACGUCUGCAAUAGGUUGUCUGGUUUCAUUACAGAAGCUAGGCAUAGUUGAAGUACCAAACGAAGAACAAAGUGACUUCUUUGAGAAAGGCUUGGGGAUGUUGACCCAACUGAGAAGACUGUGUUUGGUUAAUCUGCAAAACCAUCAAUGGAGUGCUCUGUGCUCAUCCAUCUCAAAAAUGAGCUAUCUACGUUCGCUGUCUCUUAAUACAAGUGGGAAAUUUGACUUGCAAGAUGUGAAGUCUCCACCUGCACUUCUUGAAAGGCUGUGUUUGGUUGGUGAACUAGAUAAGUUACCAAGUUGGUUGUGUUCUCUGAAGAACUUGAAGGUGCUGAAGCUAGUGGGCUCUCGACUUAAGGAGGAUCCUAUUCUGUGUCUUGAGAAGUUGCAGAGCUUGGAGGUGAUUGGACUUUAUGACGCUUUGGAUGAUGGCGUGACGAUGCGCAUGUCGUCUGCUUUCUAUGAUAGAAUACAGUGGUUUAUCAUGGGAGAACGUAAGCUACAACUUUAUUAAGGAUUGGUUGAAGACAUGUCCAUUUAUGCCAAUUCAAGAGAUAUAUUCAUUAAGGGACUUCUCGGCUUCCACCAUUAGACCAACUACUUAAUUUGUAUUUAUACUAUGUUGUUGCUACAAUUAUGAAUGUAUCAUAAUUACAUUUUAUUCUUGUGUUAAAAUUAAUCUUUCAUGCA